ACCCAGGCGCCGGGGCUCGCAUCGCUGAGCGACUGUCGGAACUGAGCCAUGCAGUGGUGGACCUGGGCCGCAGCUGUGGCCCUUCUCUGGCCACAGCUUGUGUUGCUUGGGGGCGUCGGGGCGCGGCGGGAGCCCAAGAGGCUACAGCAGCUGGGCCAGCGCACAGAGUCCCCCAAUGCCACCACAUCCAACAGCAAGGGGUUGCUGGGCUCUGCCAAGCCACCAGAGGCCUCAGGGCCUGAGCUCUCCGAUGCCCACAUGACAUGGCUGAACUUCGUUCGACGGCCAGAUGAUGGGGCCUCCAGGAAACGGUGUCGAGGCCGGGACAAGAAGUUGCGAGGCCUCUCAGGCCCCCCAGGGCCCCCUGGACCCCCCGGUCCCCCUGGUCCUCCGGGUGCAGAAGUCACCCCAGAGGCCCUGCUGCAGGAAUUUCAGGAGAUGCUGAAAGAAGCCACAGAACGUCGGUUCUCAGGGUUGUCAGAUACACUGCUGCCCCAAGGGCGUGGUCGACAACUGUUGGUUGAGGCCUUCCACUGCCGGCUGAAGGGCCCUGUGCUGGUAGACAAGAAGACGCUGGCAGAGUUGCAGGGAUUCCAGCCUCCUACUGCCCAAGGCGCCUUUCUGCGGGGGUCUGGUCUGAGCCUAGCCUCGGGCCGAUUCACAGCCCCAGUCUCUGCCAUCUUCCAGUUCUCCGCCAGCCUGCAUGUGGAUCACACUGAGCUGCAGGGCAGGGGCCGGCUGCAGGCCUGGGGCAUUGUGCGUGUCCUCAUCUGUAUUCAGUCCCUGUGCCAUCGCCACUUGUCCCUGGAGGCUGUCUCAGGUCUAGAGAGCAACAGCAGGGUCUUCACAGUGCAGGUUCAGGGACUGCUGCAGUUGCAGGCUGGACAGUAUGCCUCCGUGUUCGUGGACAAUGGCUCUGGGGUCGUCCUCACCAUCCAGAGUGGCUCCAGUUUCUCUGGGCUCCUCCUGGGCACGUGA